AUAAGUGAACACCACCUCCCUCUAUAUCUUUCGAGCCUGGCAUAGCCAAAGGGAUCAUUGGUGAUAAAAUCCUUGGUGGCCUAUCUACCCAAGUUGCAAUUUGGUCGCACAAGCACAUCCGCAACAAAGCUGAGUUUAGAAUCCUCCCUUUCUUCGAACACAGCAUGUCAUUCCGUCCCAAUCGAGGUUACGAAAGGGCAGGCUUUGCCACACGCCCGGGGCGAGGAAGAGGAUGGGGACGAGGGCGAGGAGGAGCGCAGCACUUAGUCAAUCGUAUGGUCGUCAAGCCUGACAUCGUGAAACACCCUCUGGGACAACUAUUGCAAACUUUCAGACUCGCGGACCUGCAGCCUUCCGAAGACAAUACAGGCAAGGUUAACAAGAUCACGAACUGCGAAUAUGUCGCUUCCUAUAGCUGGACAAACUCGGAGUCUCCUACUAUUCUGGUACCUGGAAGACCUCCCCUCUGGAUGCCCCUACAACAACCACAGCGGCUCCCUGAAGACAGUGGGGUCUAUUUCCGUGAUCCCAAUUCGGCUAAAUUUCCACGACACCCAACUGAACCAGCAGUUCGCGCGUUGUUCAAAACCGACCCAGCCUUCCCUACCGGAGAGGUCGAUGUAUUCGCGUGCGGCAGUACGAUGGGUAGUCUGCUUCGUUUCGUUCUGUCGAUUGACAAACCUUUCCGGUUCAACGUUGAGGUUAUUGGAUCUACAGUAUUUCUGAUUCGAAAAGAAAAUGACCCACGAGAGAUAAUUGAGGGCGUUAGGGGUUUUGGUCACACCUUUCCAGAGUAUUAUACCACCUGGGAGCAGGAUGUCAAAGGUUCAGAAACCCACCAGCGUCUAUGUCGGUAUGAUCUUGGCCGCUUCAACUGCGUGAUACGCUUCGAAUGCGACGGCUACCUCCAGACUGGAUCGGAGAAGACUUCCAUGGUUGAGACCAAGUCAAGUGAUCUUGAAGAUCUUUCUGGCAAUUUCAAAAACGUUACUGUGGGCCAAGGAACAGUAAACGGCCUCGCCAAAUUAUUACUAAAACAAGGGGGCGCAGUGGUUGCACAACAUACUAUCUUCGACAUGAAAACACGGUCAGGUCGCUACAGAAAAGAGAUCAACAUGGAUGAGAUGUACCCACAGCUCUGGAUCAAGCAAAUCCCUAAUUUUAUCAUUGCAUAUCACGAUGGCGCCGGACUAUUUCCCACUUCUGAUAUCCAAGUUCAGAAUGUCAACUACAACGUGCAAGCAUGGGAGCGACAGAACCAAGCUGGCAUCAGUCGGCUCAUUGUACUCCUUGACAAGAUCGUUGAGCUUGCGAGAAAUGAAGGAACGGGUCUUCUCGAAGUAUAUUGUCCAUCUGUCGAUUGCUUGGAGGUUCGCAAGCAGUAUGGAGAAGGCUUCCACGCUCUGCCACUUGAACUCAGCGCCAAAUGGAAAGCUAUGGACCAAGACUCGACCGAUCCAGAUCACGAGCACGACACUGAGCCUGGACAUGGUGGUCUGCAGCUCGGAUAUGACUCAGACGACGAACCAGACUACACUGCUUGCGGGGACGAUUGUGGGUACUGUGGGAAGUGCACGUACUAAAGCAACGAGUACGGUGGCUGUCCAGGUGGAAUAUUUUGUGCACAUGCUUCUCUUGUAGGAUAGUAACGC